AUGGAAAAGGUAACGCUCGGUGAAGAGCGCGAAACCGUCCAAGGAGUCCCCGCAAAGCAGAACGCCAAGGACCAAGGUGCUGUACCGCCGGGCCCCCCAAUAGAGCGUCAUAAUGACGCAGGAAUUCUAACGGAUUACCUACGCAACAGCACCUUCCCAUUGAUCCGGUACGCGCUCACGCCGGAACUGAACCGGACUCCCUUCAAGAUAUUCUGGCUCGGUGUGAUGGUUUGCCUGGGCGGUGUGUUCGGUUUUACGGUGAUGGUGAACGUUGAACGGUUGAAGGAUCCCGCAAACGUGCUGAUUAAACGUGCCGAAAGGCCUUUACCGAUAUGGAGCGUACCGUUUCCGGGUGUUACGAUCUGCCCCCGGAAGGGUGAAGGAGUUUGCGAGGAGGGACGUUUGGAUGAGAUUUGUGAAUCGAUUUGCUGGAAAGAUUCGUGCAGCGACCAGUGUGAGGAGUUGCUUGAUGCAGUCAGAACGGAGCGAGGCAUUUGUUACUCUUUUAACGGAGUUUCGGGGGAGGAGAUCUUUAAUAAAGACAGAGUAAUCAACUUGAAGCACCUUUCAAAUGGAACCAGAGCGAUCAAGAAUUGGGAUUUCCUGCGUGGAGUGCAAGUAAUCAACAAUGUUCUCGUGAAGCAGUACCCAAGCGCGGCACAGAGCCUAUCAGGUCGAUAUCGGUUAAAAAUGGUCCUCAAAAACACCCAGAACGACACGCAGAACUGUAUCAACCCUGGGAUCGAUGUCCACAUUCACUCGCCAAUUGAUUUCCCGUUCAAACUCAACAAACCGCUCUCGUUGACCAGUGGAUCACAUGCCCACCUUACCGUGCAACCGAAUAUGAUCAGAACACAGCGAUACCUGAAGUACUUCACCUCGUCCAUGACGGGUUGCUACUCACAGAUCCAGAACCCUCUACAACUGUUCUCCAUCUACACUCCAAACAACUGCGAACUGGAGUGUCAUACGACGUUGUACCACGAGCAACGUGGUUGCGUUCUCGAGCACAUGCCAAGGGCUAAUGGUACCUUACUGUGUGGCAACAACACCCUUGGACCCUACGACAUCAUUGAUAAGAACGCAAAGGCUCGAAUGCGCACGGAAGGAAUUCCUCGAUCGCAGUUCUUCCGACGAGCUUGCAAUUGUCUGCCAGCUUGUGUGGAUUAUACUUACAGCUACGAGGCCCGUGUGCUCCGGAAUCCUGAACCAGAAAGUGACUUUCUGUUUGGUAAUGAAACGGAAGUGCUGACAUCGGAGUUGUUGGUUGAAUUCGGAGAAGAUCACUUCUAUCCCUCGGUACGAAGCAUCCGGUACAGUUUGCUAGACUUCCUCGCAGACGGUGGUGGUUUGGUGGCCCUCUUUUUGGGAUGCUCUCUGGUCACACUCUUGGAACUACUGUUUUUCUGCCUCAUUAAACCAGCAAUGUCGUGA